ACUUCUUUAGAAACACACUUCUUACAAAAAAAAAUUCUACGGAAAAUACACAUUAUUGCUCGUUUCGUUGGUCACUUUCAUCCCUCUUAUCCCUUCGCUUUUCCAUUGAUUCAGCUAACAAAGAAGAGCUCUCAUCGUCUUCUCUGGAUCUGAGCAAAAGAUUAUUCCUCCGUUUCGUCAUUCUAAGAUACUAAAUUCUCGAAAGUAGAUUGAAUACAAGCAGUGGAUUUUAAAAAUUACAUAAGAGGAGAAAGAGAAGCAGCAUGUGUUGGUUCACUACUUCUGUUGACGUAUACCGCAAAGUUGUGCGCUUGAAUCUGUAUUGCCGUGUGAUUCUGUAAAUCUCUUCUUCCUUUUAACCAACAUUCAACUCUUCUCUCUUAUUCAUCUUCCCUUCUUUAUCAAUAUAUUUUAAACCCUUUUUCCUCUAAAUGGGAUCUCAACAUUUCUACGUGUUCCAUUGUGAACAAAGAAUCAGCUAGACCAAAAAGCUCCUUUCUGUUUUCUUCUUUCUUUCCCAAAAAAAAGCUUUCUUCUUUCGGUAGGUCUCUGUCUGCUUUUCACUCAAUAUUUCCUCAAAGUUAUGGUGUGUCAAUCACCUGGCAAGACAAGAUUUCGAGCAUUGAAGUACGAGACAGGAGACGCUAACAGACCAACAAUUGUAGUGAGAGUUAUUGCAUGCUUUCAACCGAUGGAUAAUUGCCAGGCUGAGUACUUUAGACUGCUACUUAAACCAGUCACGUAGUUGGUUUGUGAUUUUCCGCUGUAUUUUUUCUUCGUUCGUUUGCCUCUUCUUUCUUUCACUACUUACUCGAAAAGGAAACAAGAAGUAUUUGCAUUCAACCGAUUGAGCAACUUGACAAUCGUGUUUGUACUCUUUAUAGCUCCCUUGAGCUACACUACAAGAGCAUGCCUCUUGAUACCUGGCAACGGGAUUUGCCUCUGGGCUUAAAGCCUCAAGCUUGCUUUGAGGAUAUAACAGCUCGGUCUAUCCAUCCUCAAAUUCCUCUCCCUGAGGUUGGGAAACUAUAUGCAGCUGAGCCUCAGGCUCGCUGUUUGCAGCCACCACCAUUCCAGUCUCUACUGCGCAGUCAUGAUAAGGAGUCUUGUGGAAAACGAUUCUCGAUGUCUGGCAUCCGGUCUUGGUGCGCUGCUGCUACUACUCCACAAAGAGCAUUAGAGUCUUCUCAGAAAAGACUUAUGAUAUUCGAUCAGUCAGGAAACCAGACUCGUCUAUUACGGUGUCCAUUUCCUCUACGGUUUCCAUCUCCUGCAGUUGCGGAGCCAAUGAAAUUCUACGGUCUAGCGAAAGCUUUCAAGGAAGAUUGUGAAGAGAAUGAUUUAAGUGGAAAAGAGUCGGAAAUGCAUGAAGACACUGAGGAGAUCAAUGCAUUGCUGUAUUCAGAUGAUGAUGAUGAUGAUGAUGGUUGUGAGAGUGAUGAUGAAGUAAUGAGCACUGGUCACUCUCCUUAUCCAAUUGAACAAGUUUGCAACAAAAGAGAAAUGGAAGAAAUUGAUGGUCCCUGUAAAAGGCAGAAGCUACUGGAUAAGGUAAAAAACAUCAGCGACUCAUCAUCACUUGUGGGCACUAGGAGCUCCACAACGCUCAAUGGAUCGUCCUUUCUUAUGGAUAAAAAGCUCCCUGAAUCAAAAUGCUCGACCAAAGAAGACACUGGUUCUGGUCUGAGCAACGAGCAGUCGAAAAAAGACAAGAUCCGUACAGCUUUGAAAAUACUCGAGAGCGUAGUUCCGGGUGCCAAAGGAAACGAAGCUCUCUUACUUCUCGACGAAGCCAUUGAUUACCUAAAGUUACUGAAACGAGACUUAAUCUCAAGAACCAUUGCUAAACAAAAAUCCCCCCACCACUCACUAGUCACAAGUCACCAACCUUGUUUGUAAAAGAGACAACAUGGGGAACAAGAAAUCUACUGACAGAUAAGGCUUGAAGAUUCUCACGAGUGAAAACGUGUGUGAAGUGGUUUUGGGUCCGUAUCCUCUGCAUCAGCUUUUUAGCUGUAUAUAGUGGACUACUUUAGGUAUAUAUGCUUCUGCAAUUUCAAAAAGUUAAAGAAGAAAAGAGGUCACUUUCUUCUUCUCUCUGUGCUUGGUGUGGAAAAAAAGCCAAAGUCGUCGUGGUCAUUGAUCGACAAUGAUUAUCUUUUUUGGCUGAGUGUGGAUGGUGAAAUCAAAAGGCAAUAUUCAAAGUCUGAUCUCAAACUCGCGUGGUCUAUGAAUCUCCCCUAAGGUAAUAAAAAAAUCUCUGACCCACACUCUCUUUUGUCCAUAUGAUGACUAAGUGGGUCCAAUUAUUUUAUGAAUUGAUGUCAUGUUUGUCUAAUUAAUUUUAGUGUCUGUAAUAAUGCAAACCAUUCCUUUGUCUUUUCCUUCCCCACUUGCUACUGGUUUUGUUUGUGUGUCUUUGCGUCUCUCUGUUCAUUUUUCAUGUUCUCUCAGUGUCAUUGUAUUGUCAAGGUGAUUGGGUUUUUGUCGUUUGGGUUUUGUAAUAAAACCAUGAUAUAUAA